CUCUCUCUCUCCUCUCUCUCUCUCUCUCUCUCUCUCUCUCUCUCUCUCUCUCUCGCCCUGUUCUUGCUUUAUCUCUGUCUGUCGCUGCCCAAACCAAGCUCACGAAUUGCAGACUGAGUUAAAGUCUUUGACUUUCAGUCUUUCACGCUGCCAGUUCCAAGUUUCCGGUAACAUUGAAAAAUUAUCACUUUCUGGAAACUCUAAAUUGAAAACCCUAGACUUCACCAAAUGUGAUUCCAGCACCUACACAAUGCUCCAAUUCCCAAUUCAACUUACAGAAGAUGAUUAACGCCAGAGGCGAACCGAGCGGAAGUGGAAAUGGUGGUGGCGGGGGCGGAUUUCAUAGAUUGCAGGCAGAGCGUGACCUAGAAUCCAAUUGGGAACUCGACCUCGGACAAAAACUCGAAGAGUAUUUGCUGAAGAUUUGCUCCGGUGAAAUACCCACCGAAGCCGAAGGCCAUGUCGCUAUUAAUUUCGCCGAAGCUGCGCUGUUGCUUCAGGGUUCGAUCCAAGUGUAUAGUCGGAAGGUGGAAUAUCUGUACUCGUUAGUUUUGCGUGCUUUGGAGUUCCUUUCACAGAAGGGGCAGCAUGAACAAUCUGAAGGCACAUCGGUUCGGCCUGAAGAAGGUGAAAGUUCCCGUACUGUUUCUGAUGAAGAAAAUGAUAUGUUCUGGGGCUUAGAUGACAUCUCAGUGGAAGGAAAGAAUUGUUUAGAUAGUCCAGUGGGCAGAGAUGCUCCUUUAAAUUCCUUUGUGAAGCCCCCAGCAAAUCUAGUUGUACUUGAAGGUGAUUGCUUAGAUACUACUGGUGAUUUCGGAGAAUUAGAGUCAUAUCUGCUGGCCACCAAUGAUCUCUACCAAGAUUUCAUUUUAUUAGAUCCAUGCGAUGCAGUAGCAGUGCAUGAUUAUUUGAGUGCGGAUGGAGCUGGUAAAGGACAAAAUAGUGCUUAUAAGGCCACCUCAACACAAAAAAGUUAUCAGUCACCUACAAAACGUUCAGGUGGAACUGCGCGUAGGUCAUCUCUCCAUAAAUGCCAGGAUCCUAAUGUCAAUCAAACCCCUGGAGUUGGUUGCAGCUUUGAGGCCAAAAAUUGUAAUAUUGGGCCCGACCCUCGUGCCAGCAAUGAUUUUGAUGAUGGUGCUCAUGGAUUUGAUAUGGAUGAUAGAUAUUCAGAGCCCAGGGACUUGGAUGAAUCAGAUGAUGAAGAUGAUCCAUGGAAGCCUUUGAAUCCCCAUGAACCUGGGAACUUGAAAGUGAAACCUUUUAGAAAAGCAGUCAAAGCUUCUAACAGGAAAGGGGUUAGUUCUACUAAGCAGGUCUCUAUGAUUACACUAUUUCCACCUGCAAAGUUGCAUGGUACUAUUAGUCCAGAGCUUACCGAAAUGUGGGAGAUGCAACGUUGUGCUGAUGAAAGACAAAAGGGGUCCCAGUCUCCUCCAUUAUUUGAAAAGCUGCGGGAAUCACUUAUUAAUGGAAGGCAUGAAACCUUUGAUGCCUUCUGCAAUCCUAUGGGUGCAAAUGAGGAUACUGAAUAUGAUAAUGAGAUCCCUGACUUUGGGCAUACGGAUGCUGACAUGCCGGAACCUUUGUUCAUGGAUGAAAAUGUACCUCCAUACAAUGACAAGUUUGGGGAUGGUUGUCCACAGUUUGGUACUGAUGAAGCAUUUGGAUACGACAAUUCAAAGCCUCAUGCAUGCCUGGAAGAUUUAUGUCGCUCUCACUUAGACGCUCUCCUUGCUAGCAUAGCUGAAACCGAGAAACAAACUGAACUGGCUACGCGUGUUUCAACGUGGAAACAGAAAAUUGAGCACAACUUGGAAGAGCAAGAAUUACACCCUGCUUUUGAUAUUCAUGACUACGGCAAAAGAAUUCUCGACAGACUAUCCUUUGAACCAGACAGUGUAGAUGUCUUGUCUUUUGCUGAUGUUGUAAAAGGUCAGGAAAAGUAUGAUGUGGCUCGGAGUUUUUCUGCACUCCUGCAACUGGUAAACAAUGGAAACGUUGAGUUGGACAGGAGUGGGGUUGAUGGUGAGUCUGUUUGUUACACAGCUGUGAAUCCCUUCCAUGUUCGGCUCCUUAAGCAUGACAAGAGAAGAGAGGAUGCUGGAUUUCGGUUGUCAAGAAAGAGAUUUAAGUCUCCAUUGAGCAAAGCAUGUGGAAAAGUUGAUAAAGACAACACCGGGACUGCAAAAUCUCCCAUAGUGAAGUCAUCUUCUAAAGUACAUAAAUCAACAGAGGCAUCUUCUCAAAUAAACGGAAAGUCACCAGUGAAACUUGGAAAGGUUAGUGGCAUACGGUGCACUCCUGAACCCAAGAGGAGGAGAAAGUCCCGAUUUGUCGAACCAGUUGACCUACAUUCUGCAGGGUGACACGAAUGUCGUUAGCAAGUUAACUCUUUAUCAUUCAGGCCAUUCAACACAUUGCUGGACGGCUCAAAUCAACUUCAGAGUGACCCAUGUUGCUGCCAUUGUAGUUUACUAACAGUGAGUGGUAGCAACCUGUAGUAUCCUUUUAACGUUAUUAUUGAAUGUACACAUUAGUAAGGAGACCUUUGUAACCCAAUGUAUCAUUAUCAAUAGGGAAACUAUAUUGUCUUGA